AGAUAACUAAAUUCAAUAUGGCGGCGAAGUUUUCUCUUUUUCGUGUUAUGCAUUUGAGUUCAAAUAGUAAUGUAUUCCGACAAAUGACGAAGCUAAAUGCAAUCUUUGAGUGUUCAUCUAUCGGCAUGUUACCCGGAAAUCGACAACACUGGAGGAACUUCAAUAUCACAAGUGUGAAAUCUUUGAAAGAAAUUCAGGAGAAAACUGAGGGCAAUGUUACCAAGAUCGAGGGUGUUUACAGAGUGUCAGAUAGUACCAAGCACUUAAUCUUUGAGGACCAGAGCAGUGACCCUGAAGUGCAAAGACCAUGUCCUAUAUGGAGUCUAGGACCAAUAGCUGAGAAGAUUCGAUAUACGGAUGUGUUGAUUUUAAGUCAAUUUUUGCGACCAGAUGGGACCAUGUUGCCCAAGAGAGUGACAGGGCUGUGUAGAGACUCACAGAAGAAGAUACUCAGGCUUGUUGGGCAGGCACAAAGAGCAGGACUAAUGACAAGCCUCAGACCUCCUAAAUACAAAGAUGGGCAAGUUGUAGAGAGAACAGCAGCUAUGAACAAAUAUAAGUUCAAGAAGUUCAACAAAUAUUUCACAGACGAUUUCAUGGGAACAAAAUAAGUGAACAUUUGGACUAGUGAUCAGUCAUGUCAGUAAUAUAGAUUGUUUGCCAGUGUAUGGCAAAUCUUGUUGUAUAAAGGCUCAUUUUGUGUGGAAUAAACCCAUUAAAAUAACA